GAAGAGGAGCAAAUAAGGAAGGUGGAGAAAAAGGAAAAAACCUAGAUUAUGUUUGUUGUUAUAAACUGACUGACAUUCUCAAAAAUAUCACAAAAAUGAACCCUAGAUAGUUGUGUGUAUCAAACUUCUUCUUCACUUUCAUUCUUCUUAUAGCUGCUGUUGUGAUAUUGGAAUAUUAAUUAUUAUACUAGGGUUUUCUUUCUUUUCUGGCCGGUCUUCUUUUAGUAUCGUUCAAUGAUAUAGGAUUCUUUCUUGAUUUGAUUCAUAUCAUUUGCUGCUCCUACCUUAAUAAGAAUCCAAGAAGUAAGAAUGGGGAGAGGAAGAGUACAACUGAAACGGAUAGAGAACAAGAUCAACAGACAAGUGACUUUUUCAAAGAGAAGGUCUGGUUUACUUAAGAAGGCUAAUGAAAUCUCAGUUUUAUGUGAUGCUGAAGUUGCUUUGAUUGUUUUCUCAACCAAAGGAAAACUAUUUGAAUAUUCUACCGAUGCUUGCAUGGACGCCAUCCUUGAACGAUAUGAAAGACAAUGUUGUGUUGAGGAAGAGCUUGUUGGAACUGAUCAAGAAUCACGGGGAAACUGGUCCUUGGAACAUGCCAAGCUUAAGGCCAAAGUUGAGGUUCUGCAAAGAAACCAAAGGCAUAUGAUGGGAGAAGAUUUGGAAUCCUUCAAUGUGAAAGAGCUACAAAAUUUGGAGCACCAACUUGAUACUUCCUUGAAGCAUAUUAGAUUAAAAAAGAACCAACUCUUGUAUGCAUCCAUUUCUGAGCUUCAGAGAAAGGAAAAAGCUUUACAAGAGCAGAAUACUAUUCUAGGGAAGAAGAUCAAGGAGAAAGAACAAGAAAUGGGGCGUUUGGAUCAGCAGCAGCAGUCAAACCAGGCUCAAAAUUCGUGUAGCCAAGCUCAAAACUCAGCUCAGAACUCACCAACCUUCCUUCUGUCGCAGGAACUUCCUUCCCUAACCAUUUGCACCGGUGCUUACGAGCCUGAUGCAAGACCCAUAGCAAUUCAAACAGUUAUUCCACGGUGGAUGCUUGGUCUCAAACAAUAGAACGAUACUUACUUCCAUGGUGGAUGCUUGGUCUAGAAUCAAUAGAAAGAUAUUCACUUCAAGAAGGAGAGCGUGUGUACUGAACACUGGCAACAGUAAUAUUGAUGGAUGUUUCAUAUAGAUUUGUACCUGCACCUGUACCUACCAAGGUAAGAUCAUAUACAUAUGAAGGUAUAUGUAAUGACGAAGAAAGAAAUCAGGGAUCAAUGCUCUAUUUAUUUUUUUGUAUGUAAAGUUUCCUUUGUUUUGGGGUUAACGAACACGGUCAGUUUUAUAAGUGCUUACUGCGAAAGUCCUACCACCUCUGUAUGACUUUAUAAGAAUGCUUAUAAAUAUUUCAUGUAUACAUACAACUCUUAUAUGUUGGAAGACAAGAAAUGCAAUUUUUUUAAUAACUUAAAACCCUAAAUAUUAAGGGUAACAGAUGAUGUACUGUAUUCAA